GACCCCUUGCCCGACAAAAAUCAAACUCUCCCGACGGAACUUUCUUUCUACCCUCUCGCCCCCCAUAGAUCCUUUCCUCCUCAGAUCUGUGCAUCUCCGCCCCUCCACCACAGAUCUGUGAAGGCGAAGGACUGAUUUUGGAAGAGUGAAGGCUUUUUGUGCGGGCCUGUGAGAGAAGGAGAGGCGGUCCUCUUCGUUGGUCAUAGUCGUCAUCGUCAGUUUCUGUAAUCAGGUUUUUUCGGCCAAGUUUUUUGGUUCGAAGACGAGGUUUUACACCCAUUGACAGGAUUUCCAGUACUGGUGCAAGUUGGAAGCCUUUAUUUUCUUGCUAUUUUUCUUCUAUUAGUGCUGAGCAGUUGACUGUGCAUGAAGGAUUUUCAAGAUGUUGCAGAUGAAAGAUGCUAAAGAUGGAUCACGGGCAUCCAGAGCUGGAAGGGCUGCCCGUGCUUCCAAGACCUCAUCUGUCAGCUCGCUGCCACUGAUAUUAGACAUUGAAGAUUUUAAGGGGGAAUUUUCAUUUGAUGCUUUGUUUGGAAAUAUGGUAAAUGACUUGCUUCCUGCAUUUCAAGAUGAAGAUCAAGAUCCAUCAGAGGAUCAUAGCAGUAUCAGUGGUACAGAUAUGCCAAAUGGACACCCACGUGGCUCACUUGAUGCCACCAAAUCGGGGCAAAAGUCUUCUGCUCCUUUGUUCCCUGAAGCCGAUGGACUUUUGUCUCUUUUCAAGGAUGCAUGUAGGGAGUUGGCUGAUUUGCGCCGGCAGAUUGAUGCCCGACUUGACAAUCUUAAGAAGGAGGUCACUGUUCAAGAUUCUAAGCAUCGCAAAACUCUCUCUGAGUUGGAGAGAGGUGUAGAUGGCCUCUUUGAUAGCUUUGCUAGGUUGGACUCUCGCAUCUCAAGUGUUGGGCAGACUGCAGCUAAAAUUGGAGACCACUUACAGAGUGCUGAUUCUCAACGAGAAACUGCUAGUCAGACUAUAGAUCUCAUAAAGUAUUUGAUGGAGUUUAACAGCAGCCCUGGAGACCUAAUUGAGCUUUCUCCUCUUUUCUCUGAUGAUAGUCGUGUUGCUGAGGCCGCUUCUGUCGCACAAAAAUUACGUGCAUUUGCUGAAGAGGAUAUUGGGCGGCAUGCUACAGCUGCAACAUCUGUUGGUGCUGCAAAUGCAAGCAGAGGGCUUGAAACUGCUGUUGCAAAUCUUCAGGAUUACUGCAAUGAACUUGAGAAUAGAUUGCUUGCACGAUUUGAUGCUGCAUCACAGAGGCGAGAAUUGUCCACAAUGGCAGAAUGUGCAAAAAUUUUGUCACAGUUUAAUAGGGGUAGCAGUGCCAUGCAACACUAUGUUGCAUCUCGGCCAAUGUUCAUUGAUGUAGAAGUGAUGAGUGCGGACACAAGAUUGGUACUUGGAGAUCAAGGCAUCCAAGCUGGACCAAGCAGUAUAGGGCGUGGUCUUUCAUCAUUAUACAAAGAAAUUAUAGAAACUGUACAAAAGGAGGCAGCAACUAUUAUGGCUGUUUUCCCUGCUCCUGAUGAUGUCAUGUCUAUUUUGGUGCAGCGAGUCUUAGAGCAGAGAGUAGCAUCAAUUCUUGAUAAGUUGUUAGUGAAGCCAUCACUGGUGAAUAUACCUUCUGCUGAAGAUGGUGGGCUUUUACUGUAUCUUAGAAUUCUUGCAGUUGCAUAUGAGAAGACAUUGGAACUUUCUAAGGAGCUGCGGGCAGUGGGAUGUGGUGAUUUGGAUGUUGAAGGUCUCACUGAGUCUUUGUUUAUUGCCCAUAAAGAUGAGUAUCCUGAAUAUGAGCAAGCUUCUCUAAGACAACUAUAUCAAGCAAAGAUGGAAGAGUUACGUUCUGGGAUGCAACAACAGCCCGAAUCAACCAAUGCCCCCUUGUCACGUUCCAAAACAGCAGCUGUGCCACCUUCACAGCAGCAGAUUUCUGUUACUGUUGUAACUGAGAUUGUGCGAUGGAAUGAGGAGGCAAUCAGUAGAUGUGUUUUAUUUUCUGCUCAGCCAACUACCCUUGCAAACCAUGUCAGGGCAAUGUUCACUUGCUUGCUUGAUCAAGUAAGUCAAUACACAACUGAAGGCCUGGAAAAGACCAGAGAAGGUCUUAAUGAAGCUGCAGCUUUGAGGGAAAGAUUUGUUAUUGGAACAAGUGUCAGUCGAAGGGUUGCUGCUGCAGCUGCUUCUGCUGCAGAAGCUGCUGCAGCUGCUGGAGAAAGUAGCAUCAGAUCAUUUAUGGUGGCUGUGCAGCGGGCAGCAAGCAAUGCUGCAGUUGUUCAACAAUACUUCACAAACACAAUUUCUAGGCUUUUAUUGCCUGUUGAUGGUGCUCAUGCUGCCUCUUGUGAAGAAAUGGCAACAGCUAUGUCUAGUGCAGAGAAUGCUGCAAUGAAGGGUCUCCAGCAGUGCAUCGACACACUGAUGGCUGAGGUAGAAAGGCUUCUUUCUAGCGAACAAAAAGCCUCAGAUUACCGAACACCUGAUGAUGGGAAUGCACCCGAUCACCGACCUACUAAUGCUUGUAUAAGGGUUGUUGCAUACCUCUCGCGGGUGCUUGAUACUGCGUACACUGCACUAGAGGGACUGAACAAACAAGCUUUUCUGACAGAUCUGGGUAACCGCUUGCAUAAAGGACUUCUUAAUCAUUGGCAAAAGUUUACGUUCAGUCCCAGUGGUGGACUGCGACUAAAACGUGAUAUAACUGAGUAUGGGGAAUUUGUGCGAAGCUUCAAUGCUCCAGCAGUCGAUGAAAAUUUUGAGAUGCUUGGAAACAUGGCGAAUGCUCUUAUUGUUGCUCCUGAAAGCAUUGUCACCUUAUUCGAAGGAAGCCCAAAUAUUAGAGCUGAUGCACUCAGGUUUGUGCAAUUGCGUGAAGAUUACAAGACGGCCAAGAUUGCUUCCAGACUUGCUUCCCUGGCGGUUUCAGAAUAGUAGAGGCUAAGAUUCUGCUUUUGGACCACUUUUCUUUUUGUUGUCUUUGGUAUGCGGCUGUCAAUAUAUGAUCAUAUUCCUUACGCCGACCUUGCUUCUUUGUGUUUUAUUCCUCGUUUGUUUUUGGUUUUUCUGCACAAGUUUUUUACAUUCUUUUCAUCCAUCUCUAUUUAUAAAGAUGAUUCCAAGGAUGAUAAGAUAGUAUCAUCCCAAGUGA